AUCAUUGCUCUCUCUCUCACUCAAUUUGUUUGGCUUCUGAUAUAUACACUUGGUUGGAUCCCUAGCUAUAAACUACAUCUUUUCUAAGUACAUUGUUGAUCAUGUAUACUUUGGCAUGAUGUUCUCUCUAAUUGAAAUAUAGAAGAAUUUCUAUCAAGAAUGCGAGGGCCAAGCUCAGUACUGAAGCAGGAAUUUGUGAAGAAAUGGGGAAGGGGUCUUGAAAAAUGUAGUUGGACGUCAAAGAAAGAGAUGAUGAGCAUAUUGGAGAGAAAGAAAGCUAUAAAGUUGUCAGCAGACUUGGCGAUGGCGAUGGCGUCGGCUAGAAAUGCCACAACUUGUUGGAGUCGUGCUGUAAUUGCGAAUGCUUCAAAAGAUGGCAAUAAUAAGGUCCUUGUGGACCACAUUCUAGGUACCAGUAGUAGUAGUAGUACCACCACCGAGUCUCAUGAUCAGAGAAGACGACUAAUUAAGAAAGCUUCUUCAAUUAUAAUUAGAAGCAGCAAGAAGGUGUACUUGAAAAGAUCAAGGUGUAGUAGUACUAGUAGUGUUGGUAGAGCUGUAAACAAAAGAGUUCAAAGUGCAGAGUCUAUUGCAAGAAGAUUGGUGAAGAAACGAACCAAUGUGUUGAAGAGUCUAAUUCCGGGUGGAGAAUCCAUGGAUGGGUUGUCCACUUUGAUGGAAGAAACCCUAGAUUAUAUCGUUUCACUUCGUACUCAAGUUGAUGUAAUGCGGCAUCUUGCUAAUGCCGCCUAGCAUGCAUGCAUGGUAUAUAUAUUUAUGAUGAUCAACAUCGAGUAAAUAUUAGUAGUUAAUUAUAUAAUAUACUAUUAGUUUUCUUUUUGUAAA